CUGUAUAGAAAAGGGAACGAAGGCAUUCUUCUUGUUUUCCUGGAGAAGGCUGACCAGUCUUUUCUCGUUUCCGGGGUAUUCAGCUCCGAAAGAAUCGUACCUUCUCUGCUAUUCUGAUCGCCAGAUAGGAAAAUCUUGAACCAUCUCAGAGAUUUUAUAUGAACACCAUGAGCGGGGAUCCCGACAGCCCUGCCACUAAUGGCUGUGACAAUAUGUUAAAAUCACAAGAACAACAGGCAAAGGUCAAUGAGGUGAGAAAGCUGAUAGGGCCAUUAUCCGGUAAGGCCUUGAUUUAUUGUUCUGAUGAAUCCAUCUCAAGGCAUUUAAGAGCUAGAAAUUGGAAUGUCAAGAAGGCAACUAAAAUGUUGAAACAGACUUUAAAAUGGAGAGCAGCAUACAAACCAGAAGAAAUCCGCUGGGAAGAGAUUGCUAAUGAAGCAGAGACAGGGAAGAUUUAUAGAUCAAAUUAUACUGACAAGAAUGGGAGAACAGUCCUUGUCAUGAGACCUAGUCGACAGAACUCAGAGUCAAUAAAAGGACAGAUCAAGUAUCUUGUAUACUGCAUGGAAAAUGCUAUCUUAAAUCUUCCAGCAGAACAGGAACAGAUGGUCUGGCUAAUUGAUUUCCAGGGUUUCAGUUUGUCAAAUAUAUCAGUGAAGGUGACACGUGAAACUGCCCAUGUCUUACAAGAUCAUUAUCCGGAACGAUUGGGUUUGGCAAUACUGUACAAUCCACCCAAGUUCUUUGAACCAUUCUUCAAGAUGGUAAAGCCCCUAUUAGAGCCAAAGACGUAUAACAAAGUCAAGUUUGUUUACUCAGAUGAUCAUAACACCAAGAAGAUUAUGGAAGAUCUAUUUGAUAUGGACCGGCUAGAGUCAUCGUUUGGCGGGAAUAAUAACUCUGAAUUUGACAUCAAUAUCUAUGCUGAGAGGAUGAGAGAGGAUGACAGGAAGAUGCCCUCUUUUUGGACAAGGGUGAACAUUCCAUCGUCAGCCCCAUAUGAUGCUCCUUCUUUAGAUUCAAUCAAGCUAGACUCGGAUUCUGGUGCUUCAGACAAUGAAGAAAUAGACUCUACCCUUAGUCAUGAGGUGAAUUUAGAGAGCGCCAAAUCAGAUCAGGAUAUCUUGGCUCACCAAGGAGAUAUAAAUACCACAAAAGAUUUGCGUUAGAUUGAGAAAUUGCCUGCCGUCGCUUUUCCGAGGUCUGCACAGUCAACUGUAACGUAGCAAGACGUUAUCUUGGAGCUUGGGACUGAGACUCCUGUCAACUUUUCAGGCCCAAAAAAUAAACUGAUGUUUUCGACUUAUCCUAGUCACCUUUUUUUUUUUUUCCUUUCGCUUCUUCAUUUUCUAAUUUGACAUUUAUGAACACACAAGAUAAAUCCUACUUGACCCUUUACGGACUCCUGUGGUUUAACCUUGGAGAGUAUAUACUCUGAUUAAUUUUC